UUUUCACUCACUCGCAAAGCUCCUCUCACACUGUUGACAACACGUCGGACAUUCUUCCGACCAUGUUGCUCCGGGCCGUCGCUCUCCUGCUGCUCCUUUGUGUGACUGCCGGUGUGUGUGCCACGCUGGGCCACUACCAGUCCACAGCACAGCAGGAGGACGCUCCUGCAGUGGAUCCACUAAACACUGCUGUAGAAGACGCUAAACCCCACGAGGACCUGAACAACGAACUCGCUGAAGUAUUACCGAACAAAACUCCUGAAGUAGUCGAAGGGCCGGGAGAAAGAAACCAAGAUGUGGAAGCCCAGCAUCAACCUUCUCAGUACGAAGAAGAGGUGGGGGAGAGCAAUGAGAUAGAGCCAGUUCAAAUGAACAUUUCCGCACCACUUGACAAAAACAACAAUAGGUGGAGCCUCAUGUCGAUUAGAAACAGUUUCCAAAUGAUGCAUGGCUACUUUGACUCCCUGGUGGAGCUGGUGGGGGGCCACAAUGGUAUUUGUCAGUAUCGCUGCAGAUAUGGAGAACGGCCUCAGCCUCGUCCUGGCUACAAGCACCAAGAGCCCAAUGGCUGCAGCUCUUCCAUGGUGGGAUUCCAGCUUGAUCUUGGCAUCCCUGCCAUUUCUGAGUGCUGUAACCAGCUUGAUGUGUGCUACGACAACUGUGGCAUCAACAAGUACGACUGUGACACCAAAUUCCGCUCUUGUCUUCAUAACAUUUGCUCUGACCUCAAGAGGAGUCUCGGCUUUGUGUCCAAAGUACAAGCCUGCGAGUCCAUGGCAGAUGCCUUGUACAACACAGUGUGGACUCUUGGAUGCCGGCCUUACAUGAACAGCCAGAGGGCAGCAUGUGUUUGUGAAGGAGAGGAGAGGGAUGAACUGUGACACUGAACACCAUGGACAACUUUUUCACUCAUUUAAAAAAAAAUUAAAAUAAAGACAGUUUGGCACAUAUUUCAGAGCAUGGAAGAGAGAUGUGACAGAGGCCAAAUUGAAUGCCAAUAUCUGGGCGUUACAACAAAUAAUGAAUGAUGAAACGUGCAUUUCUACUCCUCCUAUUGCAUUAAUGUUCAGGACAAUUCUUAGGCCUGCAUAACUCCAUUAACAUUCAUUUCUUUAAGACUCCAGACAAAGGAAGUUUUUUGUGGACACAAAACACAAAAACACUUAGCAGGCUAGUUGUGUUGAAAAUGUGAGUCAGUGUAAGUUAUUUUCUAUUUAUGAAUGUAGGAGGAACUGCUCCAUAUACACUCAACAGCCACAACAUUAGGUGCAAUGCAAUGCAUCUAUUAUCUAUUAUAUUACAUUUAACAAUAAUAAUGAUCAUCUCAUAAAUUAAUUUACAACCACAACAAUAAAUUAUGUCAAAUGAACACCUCUUAGUAUCUAUCAAUCUGUGCCUGCACUGGAAAAAAAUUUUUAAUACUGCUGUAGUGUUGCAUUGCAGUAUUUCAUUAGGUGUACAGUAAUGCAUCACCCGUUUCAUGCACUGUAUAUUAUUAUCAAUAUUCAGUGAUGGUGUAAAAUAAAAACUACUUUGAUAAAA